GCUUUUCGCAGUUGCUUAUAUAAAUGUGAUCUUUUUUGAAUAGGCCCAAUUCCUACCUCUUUCUUCGUCUUCUUCCUUCAUGUUCAGCCGUUAUCAAACCCUUCACUAACAUCCGGUCCCGAAGUAGACGACGCUGAGUUAGAUUGCUCGCCAGGCGCCAGCACAAACAUCUCGAAGAUGUUGAGAAGGAAUGUACGGUUGAGGAGAGAGUACCUUUACAGGAAGAGCCUGGAAGGCAAAGAGCGUUUGCUUUACGAGAAGAAACGCAAAAUCAGAGAAGCUCUUGAAGAGGGAAAGCCAAUCCCAACUGAACUCAGAAACGAAGAAGCGGCUCUUCGUCAGCAAAUUGACCUCGAAGACGAGCACACUGCUGUGCCUAGGUCUACUAUUGAUGAUGAAUAUGCUCACGCUGCCGAAAAGGAUCCCAAAAUUUUGAUUACCACUUCCCUCAACCCAAGUGAUCCUCUCACUCAAUUUGUGAAGGAAUUGAAGAUUGUAUUCCCUAAUGCAACGCGAAUGAAUCGUGGCAGUCAGGGAAUACCAGAAAUUAUUGAAACCUGCCGUAGUCAUGAUUUUUCAGAUGCUAUUUUUGUUCAUGAGUUUCGAGGCGUACCUGAUGGUAUUAUCAUCAGCCAUUUACCUUUUGGCCCCACUGCCCAUUUUAGAUUACUCAAUGUGGUAACAAGACAUGAUAUUAAAGACAAAAAGGCUAUGGGAACUAUGCCUGAGGCUUACCCUCAUUUGAUAUUUAACAACUUUUCGACUAAGCUUGGUGAAAGGACCGUAAAUAUUCUAAAGCAUCUGUUUCCAGUUCCAAAGCCUGAUACAAAACGUAUUAUCACAUUCGCUAAUCAGUCUGAUUUUAUAUCAUUCAGACACCAUAUCUAUGAAAAACGUGGAGGUCCCAAAUCAAUUGAGCUGAAAGAGAUUGGUCCUCGAUUUGAACUUCAGCUUCAUAAGAUUGAGCUAGGAACUGUGGAUCAACGUGAGGCUCAAACAGAAUGGGUCACCAGACCAUAUAUGAACACGUCCAAAAAAAAGAACCUUCUUGGACAGUGAAUGGUUCAGUCUCAUUGUGCUGCUCGUCACCUUGGCUACGUCAGAUAUGCUGGUAAAGAGAGCAAUGCGGUGCCAAGAGUAUCAUGGUUACAUUAUCGCUAUAUAUUUUCAUCAAGACAAAACCAUGGAGGCGUGAAUUUCAUGUGAUUUAGUUUCAACCUCAACUCCUUGGCAUCUUGUAAUAUUUGAUUACGAGGCAAAUUUUGGAAAUUUGAGUUUUCCUUUUUACAACUCAAUCUGUCACUCAUAUUAUCCCACAUGUAUGUGUUUGGCUAUCAAAUUUCCCAUUUCUAUGUAAGAAUAGUUAGACUCAGAAACUCGAAAAUAUGGUGUCAAACAAUAUGCAUACACUUGAGCACUCCGAGGACCUGUUCAGUACAUCCGCAGUUUCCGC